UCAGCCCUUACAAUAACCCUAGCUGCGUUUUUUCUUAUUCGUGCGAGUGAUUCAGAAGUCCAUCAUCUGCUGCUCCUGGUCUCGUGAGCUGCACGCGAUUUGAAUCUGAGCAAUGGCGACUGCAAGAACUGUGAAAGACGUCUCCCCUCACGAGUUCGUGAAAGCUUAUGCUGCUCACCUCAAGCGUUCUGGCAAGAUGGAGCUUCCCGAGUGGACUGAUAUUGUGAAAACAGGUGUUCUCAAAGAAUUGGCUCCAUAUGAUCCUGAUUGGUACUAUGUCAGAGCUGCUUCCAUGGCAAGGAAAAUAUAUUUGAGGGGGGGCAUUGGUGUGGGUGCCUUCCGGAGAAUUUAUGGUGGGAGCAAGAGAAAUGGAAGUCGCCCACCUCAUUUUGGCAAAAGCAGUGGAUCUGUUGCUCGCCACAUUCUUCAACAGUUACAGGAGAUGAGCAUCAUUGAGAUGGAUCCAAGAGGUGGGAGAAUGAUCACAUCCAAUGGCCGACGGGACCUUGACCAAGUUGCUGGACGAAUUGCAGUUGUUGCACCUUGAUAGAUUAAUUAAUUAUGUGGAGUUGUGAGUUAGAAUAUUGAAGAGUGUCCUUCGAGUAAUCGUAGACAAUUUUUGUUUGCCAAUGUGAUCAUGUCAUGAUGUUUAGACUUAAUAGUACUUGGCUAUUGAAAUUUCUCUUUUUGUAGUUUAUAUUCACACCUCAUUUGCAUGUCAAGUUGGUGCAAUUUUUAA